UAUUUGGCAUCAGAUCGUCCGGCGGGGGGCGCAGUGUGUUUUUCAUUAUCACCCGCUGCGUGCCGUUGUGCGCAUUGAGACGCUCCGAAAGCACGGCGGAGGAGAGUCUCACUUCAGUAUGUCACGAACCGAACAGAUGCACGAAAACCCUCCGGUUUAGACAAAAGGUGGGCCGGCAGGAUGGGGGAUGGGCCUGCAGUCAGGCCUUCGGCUGCUAUUACGCCCGUGCAGCAGAUGCUGGCGUCUGGCACUGGGGCUGUGCUAACAUCUCUUUUUGUCACACCAUUGGAUGUAGUGAAGAUCAGACUUCAAGCACAGCAAACUCCCCUCUAUCAAGCACUAGCAGCAGAUUCAAGGCCCUGGGCUAGGGUCAUCCGCCCUUCAAAAUGGAAAUGUUUCCUGUAUUGUAACGGGUUGAUGGACCACAUCUAUGUGUGUCAGAAUAUGUCAAGCUGCUCCAGCUGGUACAAAACCCCCACCCAUUUCAGCGGGACCGUGGAUGCAUUUGUUAAGAUCACACGAAAUGAGGGGCUCAGGUCUUUGUGGAGCGGACUUCCCCCCACACUGGUGAUGGCGGUUCCUGCCACAGUCAUCUACUUCACCUGUUAUGACCAGCUGCGAGACUUCCUGCAUUACGGCAUGGGCUAUCAAGGGGACCAUAUUCCCCUCAUAGCAGGAGGGUUAGCGAGAUUGGGAGCAGUGUCUGUGAUCAGUCCUCUGGAGUUGGUUCGGACUAAGAUGCAGUCCCGCAGACUCCCAUACAGCGAGCUGAUGCUGUGUUUUCGCUCGGCUGUGGCUCAGGAUGGCUGGUUAUCUCUCUGGAGAGGCUGGGGACCCACUGUCCUACGGGACGUGCCCUUUUCAGCCCUGUACUGGUUUAACUAUGAGCUAGUGAAGGCACAGCUGUGUGAGCGGUACAGGGCACCACAGACCUCCUUCACCAUCAGUUUUACAGCCGGGGCUGUCUCAGGAGCAAUCGCUGCAGUUCUGACCCUGCCGUUUGAUGUGGUGAAAACGCGCAGGCAAAUCCAGUUAGGAGAAAUGGAGGCUCUCGGAGCAAUCUCGAUGAAGAAACCGGCCUCCACAUGGAACAUGAUGAGGAAUAUCUGGAUUGACAUGGGAUACAGGGGUUUGUUUGCAGGUUUCCUUCCAAGAGUGAUCAAAGUUGCUCCCGCCUGUGCAGUCAUGAUCAGCACUUAUGAGUUCGGGAAGACUUUCUUUCAGAAACGUAAUCUGGAUCAGGCGACAUGCGGUCUUUGAGAUGGGCGAGAGGACCUGUGGUUUGUCCAGGAACAAACCCCUGGGGAAGCUGAGAGGGACUCCUUGUCAGCUACUGCAAACACUGACAACUUAAACUCAGCAUUGUGAUGAGUUUUUUUUUGUUUGUUUGUUUGUUUUUUUACACAUAGUUUUAUGAAAGAAACUCUAAUUGUUGAGUGAUGUGCCUGCUGACUGGCACAAGGAAUCAAAAGCUGUGAGACUUUAACUAAUACUUCUUGUCUGAGAUGUAGGACUUCAGAUAUGAUGCGUCAAUAAAUGCACAAUACCCCCAAACCCUGUGAUGCCUUAGGGAACAAUACCAAAGCAUGCUGGCAGAAACACUACCUCCCCACUAAUGCCCGACUUAUUGAAAUGGCUGCCAGUUGGGCGUGACAUCCAGGUUGUUGUAUCUGCAGUGCAUGACUUGAGUCCCUUUUAUUAAAGACACAGUGCUGCCCUCUGCUGUUCAUUUUGAAGAAACCUCAGAAUGAAUGGAUAAACUACUCAGUACUGAGCUUUACUCUUUUUCAGCAGGGAAAAUGUUUUUUUUUAUUCAAAAAUUGUUUUAUUUAAUUUUUUUCCCCCCAAAUAUUGUAUUAUAGUCCUUUUUUAUAGGCACUGAACUUUUUCUUUUGUCUUCAAGGGAUGACCUAGUGUGUAGUGGAUGGAUCUCUGCUCUUGUCCUGUUAACUACACCUGCAUUUAGCUCAUAUACGAACUGCUGUAAACAUACUGCUGACUUGAAAUGAUUAGACAGUUCUCACAUUUUAUCUAAUAAAAGAUGUUUAAAAACCUC